AUGCAGAUUCAAACAGAAAAGCCUAUGUCCAAGGAAGAUUUCAGGAACAUGAUUGAAGAGAAUAGGAACAGCAGUGACUCCUCUGCCUUCACUCACAGCACCACCAUGAGUGCCAUACUGAUCACCGUCUACUCGGUUGCCUUUGCGGGAGGUAUCAUCGGGUCCAUCACAAUGUCAUUUGUGCUGGUCAAGAUGAACACUCUGUCUGUGACCACUACAGCCAUCAUUAACCUGGUUGUUGUGCACAGCCUCCUGCUCUUCACUGUACCCUUCCGCCUGUACUACUAUGUCAAGAGGGAGUGGAUAUUCAAGAUGACACUUUGCAAAAUGGUGAGUGCAAUGGUGCACAUCCACAUGUACCUGACCUUCCUAUUCUACGUGAUCACCCUGGUGAUUCGGUGGCUCAUCUUCUUUCAGUGGAAGGACAAGGUGGAGUUUUACAGGAAGCUACAUGCCAUUGCAGCAAGCGCUGCCGUGUGGGUCUUUGUCAUGGUCUUUGUGGUGCCAGUCUUGUACUUUGAGUACGGACGCUCAGGCUCAUACAAUUAUACAACAUGCUUUAAGUUCCAUAAAGAACUACAGCAGGAGAGUGUGAAAGGCCUGAACUACACCAUAAUUGCAGCUGUGGCCUGCAUUACCUGUGUCCUCCUAGGCCUGCAAAUUUUCAUCCUUGUAAAAGUGUCGAGAAAACUUUCCAGCUCCUUCUGGUCACACCAAGAGUUCUGGGCCCAGGUGAAAAAUUUGAUUUUCAUCUGUGUCAUCAUCAUUUGCUUCCUUCCCUAUCACCUCUUUAGGGCCUACUACAUACAGCAUGUGAGUGAUUUUGACCACUUAGAGAGCUACAACGAAGUUUUUUUGAGUUUGACUGCUCUCAGCUGUCUGGACCUGCUGUCGUUUGUGUUGAGCGGAAGCCGCUUCUUCAAGCAAAAGGUGGGCAUGCUCCGCAGCAGGUUGUCUUGCUGCUAG